AUGGCCCCGGGGUCAACGCCGUUGCUGGCUGAUCGUCGUCCUGACCGCGGCAGCAACCUCAAGCAGGUGUCCCAUGCUGGAGCAGGCACAACUGCACAAGUGUCGCCUUCGCAUCCGAAGAAGCCACCGCUGGUGCCCAAUUCGAACGAGACGCCGCUGCAGAUUCCCUCUGCGGACGAGCCCAUGCCAAUUACAGCUCCAGACGCCCGCGCGUUAGACCUGUACCGGAAGGCCAAGCCGAGCCACCGUAAGCACCCUAAAGACGAGCUGGACACCAGCACACGAAGGUGGCCGACGUCGAGGAAGAACGGACGACCGGCUGCAGGGCGACCGCGCCAGCGACAACGACGCGGAGAGGCUCUCUCAGUGAAGCAGCUUGCCGAGCGCCAGAAGGAGGAGACCCACCGCACCGUCGUGGGGAACAUCAAGCUGCGCGGCAUACUCAAGCGUGGCUUAGGCGUUGACGGCCGUCCUCACGGCCAAGGAUGGCACUGACGUGCUCGUGCUCAUGAAGAGCAAGUAGUACUAUUACCCCGCGGGCGCACAGCGCGACAUUAGGAACGCUGGCUACACUGCAUGUUCAUCGUGGGUGACGGCGCUGUGGUUGUCGAGGUGGUCGGCGACACGACGUCCAAGCGCCCGAGGUGCACUGUGACGAUCCUCGAGGGAGAGACCAAGCGGGUCGCGAGUGACGAGUCCGCGAUCAAGCCGUCAACGUGGAGCUGGGCGAGCAUCAGACGAAGUAUCUCAAUGGCAAUUACUUCGAGAAGCGCAGGCUGCGGGCGGACAAGGCACAGAUAUUGAGGCGGACAUCCAGACCUGUGCGGUGGCUUCAGCCGAGCUUAUCCAGAAGCCAGCGCGUCGCUUCGUCAAAGACAACCGGAAGCCGCAGCAGAACAGCGCGUAGUACGCCAGCAGCUACGUGC